CGUCUCUCCCUCUUGCUCUCUCUUUUUGCUCCCUACCAAUCUUUUAGUGCCUCCUCUCUACCCCUCCCUCUCUUAGUUUCUCCCUCCUUCCCUCUUCCGUCCUCCCUCCUCCCUUAUUCUGUCUUAAACCCACACCCUUGUGCAGACCUAGAUGUGCAGACGCCCGAAGACACUCGCAGCCUUGUCUACCUCCAUCUCUUUCCAUCCCUGCCCCGACAGAUUAGAGCACACUACUGUGUGUAACAAAGCAACAAUGUCUGACAAACCUGACCUGACAGAGAUCGCCUGUUUCGACAAGACCAAACUGAAGAAGACUGAGACGAAAGAGAAGAACCCCCUGCCAACCAAAGAGACCAUUGAACAGGAAAGGAAAGGGGAUGCCACGCCUUGAUGUGACUUGGUGAAGAAGAGGAGAAGAGGAGGAGAGGGAAACAGGAGAGGAGACAGAGAUGCCACCAACAAAAUCACUUUGUUUUGUCUGUCUGUCAGUAUUCUACUUUAAGUCACGUUGUGUUGUAUAACAGGGUGCUGUAGGGCCCCAGGAGAUGCAGUAGUGGAGGAGGGUACAUGGGAUGUAUUCCAAAUGGCACCUUAUUCCCUAUAUAGUGCAAUACUUUUGACCUGGUCCACUAUAUAGGGAAUAUGGUGCCAUUUGAGACACAGCAUGCCAUCUUCACAGGGCUCUAUCUUUCAUUAGGAGAAUAGAGUUGUACCAUGGAUGCCAGGAUGGUUCUGUUUUAAAUAACAAGUAUUGGGCCAGAAACCCUCUACCCUCUAGCCUUUACUUCUUUACUCCCUAGCCUCUACACCCUAGCCUUUACUUCUUUACUCCCUAGCCUCUACACCCUAGCCUUUACUCCUUUACUCCCUAGCCUCUACACCCUAGCCUUUACUUCUUUACUCCC